AUGGCAAUUACUGGCAAUGGGCCGCUCUUGGUGUGGAUAUCUUCGGCAUUCAUGGUUCUCAAUACCGUCUUUAUCGGUCUAAGAAUCUACACCCGCGCCGCAAUUUCCAAGAAUCUCAAUCUCAAUGAUUAUCUCAUUGUCCUCGCUCUCCUCUCCUACGCGGCACUCCUCGCUCUGGCCAUCCUCGGAGCAGAAGGUGGUCUUGGAGGGCAUUUAGGAGCCGCAAAUCCAGCGAAAUUCCGCGAAUCGCUCAAAUACCUUUUCUUCCUCGAACUCAUCUAUGUCAUCUUGACAUCCGCCAUGAAAGUCAGUAUCGCACUUACAUUUUUGGAAUGGACCAAGAACAAGUUCCUCCGAGCCCUCCUCUGGGUUUCGAUCUUCUUGGAUUUUGCAAUCUCGUUCGCAUUUAUUCUCUACCUAUUGUUGCAAUGUAAGCCAAUUUCCUACGCUUGGGAACUCACGGACCCGACCAAGAAGGGAACUUGCUGGCCGCUUGAUGGACAAUUGUAUAUGGGUUACGCACUAUCGUUCGUUACCAUUCUCUUAGAUUCUCUCUUCCUCAUCGCGCCAUGGUUCAUGCUUCGCAACUCUCGAUUGAACAAGACAAUCAAGCUCUACAUUUAUGGAAUCUGGGGACUGGCAGUUCUGUAAGUUGACUCUAACCCAGUACUCUAUCAGCAUAUCCUAACAAAAUCUUCAGAGCAUCAGUCGCAAAUGUGAUUCGUCUCGCUGGUCUUAAGACUCUGAAAGAGUCCAAGGAUCCACUUUGUAAGUUUUAUCUCUCUUUAUAACCAUAGACAACAUGCCAACAAUAUUUCCAGUCGAGGCAGCACCCGUCUUCUGGUGGUCCGCAGCCGAAGUUAGUAUCGGUAUAAUCGUCGCCGGUAUCCUCGAACUCGGCCCUCUGAUGAGAAAGAUGAACGUCAAGGGCUUCGAGGACUACACCAUGUUCGCCACCCUUGGUGAUGAUGAUAUGCAGCCCAUCAACCUCAAGUCCAUGGACAAGUCACAAAUCCACAUUGUCCACACCACCAACUCCAACGCAAGAGGAAAUUACAUGUAA